UGCAGCCUGUGACAGAGCUUGUCAAACAGCUGUCCUCGACCGACACCGUCACCCCAACUCGAUCACCAAUCCUCAACGUCACUUUUACACUUUAGCCCAACAUGAUGUCUGGAGAAGCUUGGUUGUUUCUGUUGUCGGUGCUUAUCAACGCCGUCAACCUCUUCUUACAGGUUUUCUUCACUAUUAUGUACAGUGAUUUGGAAUGUGAUUAUAUUAACCCCAUUGACCUCUGCAACCGACUCAAUACCUAUAUCAUCCCCGAGGCUGCUGUGCACGGUUUCUUGACCUUCCUCUUCCUCAUCAACGGUUACUGGGUCCCUCUCAUUCUCAACUUGCCUCUCCUUGGCUGGAACGUCAAGAAGAUUGUUGACAACACUCAUCUCCUCGAUGCGACUGAAAUCUUCCGCAAGCUCAAUGUUCACAAGAAGGAAUCUUUCUUCAAGCUUGGCUUCCACCUGCUCAUGUUCUUCUUCUACCUCUACAGCAUGAUUGUUGCUCUUAUCCGAGACGAGUCCUCCUAAAAUGCUACCCCUCUCGAAUGAGCCGCAGUCCGAUUAUCACCGAUGCUAGGCAAUGUUUGGCUACGUCAG